AUGGGCGUCGGCGGCGCGUGCGGCCGCUGGUGCUGGUGGUGGCGCGGGGGGGGCGGUCGGGCCCUGCGGCUGGCCCGGCGCCUGGGCGGCCCGCCACUGCCGCCGCCGCGCCGCGGGGUGCGAGGCCCCGGGGGUUCGGGCCCCGGCCCCGGCCCCGGGCCCCGCGCCGGCCCCGCCCCGCCGGCCCCCGUGUCCGAGCUGGACCGAGCGGACGCCUGGCUCCUCAGGAAGGCGCACGAGACGGCCUUCCUGUCCUGGUUCCGCAACGGGCUCCUGGCGUCCGGCAUCGGGGUCCUGUCCUACGUGCAGAGCGACGUGGGCCGGGAGGCGGCGUACGGCUUCUUCUUUCUGGGCGGCGUGUGCGUGGCGUACGGGGGCGCCUCCUACCUGACGGGGCUGGUGAGCCUGCGGCAGUGCAUGCGGCUGACGGCAGGGGGCGCCGUGAGCCGCUGCGCCGCCGUGGGCUCGGUGGCCCUGUUCUGGGCAUGCGCCGUCUGCCUCUACCUGGGCCAGCUGGAGCUCGAGGUGGAGCUGGUGCCCGACGACGGCGCCGACGACUACCCGGCCGGCGAGGACGACGGCGGGCCCCCCGACAAGUGACCCGCUCCGUCCCCGCCCCAGCCACCGCAGGGACGGGGACCGCUUCUCCCUAUUUAUUGCCCGGGGUCCUGGGGACGAGGCGGCGGCGGCCUCCGGGGCGCUCGGACAACUGAAUUAAAGACCCAGAGUUCCUCCGGUUGC